ACCAAGAUCUAAAGCGGUUUUCUUUGCAUUGCCCAUGGUUUUUCAUUUCCUUUUGUUGGUUUCUCAUCCUUUUCUACCGAGGAAAGGUGAAGGAUCAGAAGAAAGAAACCAAACAUGGUGGGACAGUGGACGAUGACUAAACCUAGCCGGAGCGACGAGGUUUUGGAUGCAAAUCAACAGCUCCAAAUUACCAAUCAAAUUAGAGCUCAGUUUGAUUCUAUGGUCCCCAAACGACCUAGCAAGCCCAGCAGAAGUGAAUCCGACACCACAACAACACCAACCUCUUCGCUUUCUGAAAUUGAACAAGACAAUAUUCCUGAGCUCGACAAGCUUCGAUCUCUUCAAUCUCAAUCUCCUAACAUGUUCUGCCCUGCCCAGGUUUUAUUUUCAGCUGAGGGAGCCAAUAUGGUGCAAGAUGAGUUUGUGGAGACUCAAUACUACACAGAGUUGGAUUCUAUUGACAAGCAACACCACACUACAGGAAGUGGGUUUAUAAAUGUGGUGAGAGGAGAAGAACAUGAAAAAAAUGGAUAUGGAAUCCAAUUGUCAAGUGCUGCUGCAGGAGGUAAACUAGUCUCUUGUUUCAGAAGCAACCCUGCAACAAACGAUUGGACUCCUAGCCCAGAAGACGAUCAGGUGUUUGUUUCAUCCAAGCCCAAUCGGAGUGAGAGCUGUUAGAUCUGCACUGAUGAGAGGAAAAUGGUGAAUUAUCCGACCAUCAUCUAUGGGUUUGGCUUCUUGAAUUUUUCCUUUUAAGUAUUAUUUUAUUGUAUAAGAUUGGAUAAGGAUGGUUUUUGCUCAUGCUUGAAAAGUUGACAAACGGAGACAGGCUUCAUGUGAAUUAUUCAACCACCACCAUCUACGUGUUUUUUUGUCUA